CACACCUCCCAGGCUGGCCCCCGGAGCUGACACCUCUGAACACUUGUAGUGGAGUCAGUUGCAUCAUUUUCUUUAAAUCUAUCCAGUAAGCCUCAACACUUCUAACCUUGGUUUGUUCGCUGUUUUGAAGUUCGUCCUCAGUGCAGGUCAACAGACUCAGAACAGCUGAAGAACAAUGGCGGCCUUCCUCCAUCACUGCCCCUUCCUAAAAUCCGUGCCUAUUCCAGCUCUGAGGAGAACCGGAGCUACCCUGCUGUCUCUCGCUGAUCAAUGCCCCAUCAUCACUCGACAAAUCAGUCUGAGCAGUCUGAGCUCUCUGGACAACAAGCUGAGCACCUCACCCACCAAAACGAAGACUUCCCUUCUUCCCACUGUGGACCAAAAGCAGCUGUAUGCUCAAACAGCAAUGCAGGUGGCUGUGUCUGUAUCUGAGGGCUGCCCUUUUGUCACCACUCAGAUUGGGGUGGUCAAAGCCAGCCCCGAAGUACAGGAGGACAUCAAAGAAGGCUUGAUGGGCUCUCUCUUGAAGGGUUUAAAGGAUAAAAUCCAACCAAAAUCAGCUCUAAGCAACACUGUCACCCACCUCCUCAAAGACUGCAUGAUUGGUCCAAGCUUCGACUAUGAUCGCUUCUUCAUUGAGAAGAUUGCAGAGAAGAAGAAGGACCACACAUACCGAGUCUUUAAGACAGUCAACAGGAGUGCUGGGGUCUUCCCGUUUGCUGAAGAUUACUCCAUAUCCGGGAGAGAGGGCUCCCAGGUGUCUGUCUGGUGCAGCAACGAUUACCUGGGCAUGAGUCGUCACCCUCGGGUCCUUGGUGCAAUCAGUGACGCCCUGGACAGACAUGGUGCUGGAGCAGGAGGGACCAGGAACAUUUCAGGCACCAGUAACUUCCAUGUAUCUCUGGAGAAAGAGCUGGCUCAGCUGCACCAGAAAGAUGCAGCUCUGGUCUUCUCCUCAUGCUUUGUGGCAAAUGACUCAACCCUCUUCACUUUGGCCAAAAUGCUUUCAGGUUGCGAGAUCUACUCUGAUGCAGGGAAUCACGCCUCAAUGAUUCAGGGCAUCAGGAACAGUGGAGCAAAGCGAUUCAUCUUCCGCCACAAUGACAGCCGACACCUGGAGGAGCUGCUGCAACGCUCUGACCCAAAGACACCCAAAAUAGUGGCCUUUGAGACUGUGCACUCCAUGGACGGGGGCAUAUGUCCUCUUGAGGAGCUCUGUGAUGUUUCUCACCGCUAUGGAGCUCUGACGUUUGUUGAUGAGGUUCAUGCUGUGGGUCUGUAUGGAGCUCAUGGAGCCGGAGUGGGAGAGAGGGACAACGUGAUGCACAAGAUCGACAUUGUUUCUGGGACCUUGGGCAAAGCCUUUGGCUGUGUUGGAGGCUAUAUUGCCAGCAGCGCCGCCCUGGUGGACACAGUGCGCUCCUACGCAGCCGGCUUCAUCUUCACCACUGCUCUGCCCCCCAUGGUCCUGGCUGGAGCACUGGAGUCAGUCCAGCUUCUGAAGAGUCUUGAGGGUCAGGGGCUUCGCAGAGCCCACCAGAGGAAUGUGAAACAUAUGCGACAGCUGCUGAUGGAUAAAGGCCUUCCUGUGGUCAACUGUCCCAGCCACAUCAUCCCCAUACAGGUGGGCAAUGCUGAGCUGAACACUAAAGUGUGUGACACCCUUCUGGAGAGACACAACAUCUAUGUCCAGGCUAUCAACUACCCCACAGUGCCUCGUGGUGAGGAGCUGCUGCGUCUGGCUCCGUCCCCUCAUCACAACCCUGCCAUGAUGGAGUACUUUGUGGAGAAACUGAUGGAGGUGUGGCUGGACGCUGGGCUCCCUCUAAACAGCACAGCAAGAGCUUCAUGCACCUUCUGUGACCGUCCGCUUCACUUUGACCUCAUGAGUGAGUGGGAGAAAUCCUACUUUGGCAACAUGGAACCACAAUACGUAACUGUGUGUGGAUAAUUACCAUCCCAGCAGAAGUUAUUUACAUAAUGAUUUAACAUUCCUCUAUCCAUUUAAAGCUCUAUAUCAAGUGCACUGAGAAAAUAACUCAAGAAAUAAUUUGGUAAUUUGAUGUUAACAUUACUUAAUGUCAGAACAAACUCCAGCAUUAAUUCUAUCUUUAACAUAUUUAUGCUUACCAAAAUGUGUUAGCUGUAAUGGUUGUGAUGGAUAUUAUUAGAAAAAACUGUGCCUUCUUAAUUUUAAGAGCAUAAAACCUGCACAUUAGGCACUUUCUCAGUAUUUUUGUCUGGUUGUGGUGAUGGUUUGAAAUAAAUUACACAGUUUCAGUGUGGUGUGACCUCUUUCA